CCCUUAGCAUUCCACGAUCAGUUGUGCAGCACACAUUCUCACCGACGUGCAUCUAGUUCUUCUAACAGCCCUCGUGAGACAAAAUAGACGGUAGGACCCGGGAGCUGCGUUCGAGCCCAAAUCUUGCUCGCCAAUCUGUUCUUGAUCGAAUCUGCUUCAGCCACUUUCCAAUCCUCUUGCGGGCAUUCGUUCGCGCAGUGUCGCUUCUAACGAUGGGAGAGGCUUCUCCAAGUCCUCUUGCGGCCAUGGUACAGCUCGGACGCUAUGAUUGCAGUCAAGAAAAACCAGACUACUCAAAUGAAAAGGUCUUCCAGAGAAACAAACUUGCUGCCAGAGCGUACCACAUUCCCGACACAUCCAUAUCAUUGUCUGGCGUGUGGGACUUCCAUUAUGCUCUGAGCCCGGACCUCGCUCCCUCUUGGGAUGGCAUUACUACGCAAGACGAGUUUUCGUGGCGACCCAUAACGGUGCCCGGUCACUGGCAGUUGCAAGGAUACGGGAUACCUCAAUACACGAAUAUCGUCUUCCCCUUCCCUAUCUGUCCUCCAUAUAGUCCAACUGACAACCCCACUGGAAGCUACCUGAAGAAAUUCUCCGUUCCAAAAAGCUGGAGCCCAGACUCCCAGAUCCGCUUGCGCUUUGAAGGUGUCGACAGCGCUUUUCACCUAUUCGUGAAUGGGACCGAGGUUGGGUAUUCGCAAGGAAGCAGAAAUCCAGCAGAGUUCGACAUAUCCUCGUAUGUGGAGCGCAACACGGAAAAUCAAAUCUUGGUUCGUGUAUAUCAGUGGUCUGAUGGCUCGUACAUAGAAGACCAGGAUCAGUGGUGGCUAUCUGGGAUCUUCCGUGAUGUCUACCUGUUGGCUUUCCCAGGACAGGCCCGUAUCGAGAACUUUUUCCUUCAAGCAGAGCUGGAUGGCGACUAUCAACAGGGAAACUUCAGUGUGAGCCUUGAUAUGGCCCUGCAAAAAGACUGCGAGGUCGGUAUCAAGCUACAAUCCCCUGGAAAAGACACCGUCUUAGUCGAUGAUCGUAUCAGCGUCGCUCGCAAACAGUCCCAACUGCAAAGACGAUUUGUGGUCGAGGCACCAGCCAAGUGGACUGCAGAAACACCGGUACUGUAUCAUGUAGAGCUCAGGCUACUUUUCGAUGGGGAAUGCACCCAGACAAUCAGGAAUCGAAUCGGGUUUCGGAGGGUUGAGAUCAAGAAUGGCUUGCUAACAGUGAACGGCGUACCUCUCCUACUGCGUGGUACUAACCGUCACGAGCACCAUCCUCGCCUUGGUCGAGCAGUGCCUACAGAGUAUCUAAGGCAGGAUCUCUUGCUAAUGAAACAGCACAAUAUCAAUGCUAUCCGAUGCUCACAUUAUCCAUCACAGCCGGCGCUUUACCAGUUUGCCGACGAGCUAGGCCUUUGGGUCUUGGACGAAGCCGACCUUGAAUGCCAUGGGUUUGCCGAAGCCGUGAAUAGAUCGAUGCACAUCCCCGAGAGCAUGGACUACGAACGAAGAAGUGCCCUGGUAGCCGACGAAGCCGCUGCUUUUACUUCUGAUAACCCAGACUGGGAGGCUGCAUAUGUCGACAGAAUGACACAACUGGUCGAGAGGGACAAGAACUUCACAUCUGUCAUUAUCUGGUCUCUCGGUAACGAGGCGUUUUAUGGCCGCAACCAUAAAGCAAUGUAUGAAUACGUCAAGAGGACUGAUCCGUCGCGGCCGGUGCAUUAUGAAGGCGACAGAUAUGCUGUUACUGCAGACAUGUAUUCUUACAUGUAUCCAUCUGUUCAGCAACUGAUCACUUUUGCCAAGGAGGAAGGGGUGGCACCAGAUGGGUCUUUCGAGAAGCCAAUCAUCCUAUGUGAGUACGGACACGCCAUGGGUAAUGGACCUGGACUGUUAGAAGACUACCAAGCAGCUUUUCGCGAGCACAAGCGACUACAGGGAGGAUUUAUCUGGGAGUGGGCGAACCACGGCCUCUUGAAGCCCUCGGACGAGGUCAAGGGAAAGCAGAUUUAUGCCUACGGAGGUGAUUUUGGCGAUGUUCCCAAUGACGGUACAUUUGUUAUGGACGGUCUAUGUUUUAGCGACCAUACUCCAACUCCAGGCUUGACAGAGCUCAAGAAGGUCAUUGCUCCGAUAAGAGCUUGGUUUGAUGAAGACAGAAGCGAAGUCGUCAUAGAGAAUGGCUUCAACUUCAAGGGCCUUGAUGAACACACAGUCGAAUGCACACUGGAGAUCUUCAAAGACGCGCCUGAAACCUACGUGUGGAAGUCGGACAUACCUGAUAUAAAACCCGGCACAAUAGGGGCCAUUGCCCUCCCCAAUUUUGCGCUUCGACACCGAUCAUUCACUGCUGCUGAGUGCUGGGUGACAGUCAGCUUCACCCUCAGGGGGAGUUGCGCCUGGGCCGAUGCCGGCCAUGAAGUGGCGUGGUUUCAACAUCAAUUAAACAAAGACGUCUUCACCCUGCCUAACAGGAGCCUGACUCCGAACGAUGGAAAUAAGUUGGAUGUCACGACAUCCCGCCAGUAUACAACUAUAACCGGCAAUGAUUUCUCAGUAACUUUCGACCGAGUCUAUACGUACGUCUCGUCAUGGGUUGCAAACGGCAUAACCCUCCUGCAAGCAUCAAACCCUUCCACAUUGCCAUUGAAGCUCGGCUUCUGGCGCCCACCCACAGACAACGAUGCCCGAGGCCAAACGCAAAUAUGGAAGCAAUGGGGUCUGGACACCAUGACGACCCAAAAGCGCCGCUUUGAUAUCACUAGAGCGACCAACACCCACAUUGAAGUGAAGACAGUUACUCACCUCGCUCCUCCUAUCCUAGCCUGGAGCAUGCAUGUUGAGACCACAUACCGCAUUUGCGCCGACGGGACAAUUUCAGUCAAAGCACACAUCACGCCCAAAGGCGCAGCUCCCGCGACUUUUCCAAGGGCGGGCUGGGACAUCCAAAUGCCAAAAGCAUAUGAUCGAGCCGGGUACUUUGGUCUCGGCCCAGGCGAGUCGUACCACGACAAAAAGUCCGCGCAGAAAGUCGGCAUCUAUCACGCGAGCAUCGUCGAUUUGCACACCCCUUACGAAGUGCCACAAGAAAACGGAAACAGAAUGGACACUCGGUGGGUGAAGAUCCUCGACGAGCGAGGAGCGGGCAUCAAGGCUACGAUGACCGGUGGGAAAGGGACCCCUGACAAAUUCCACUUUGCAAUGUCAAAGUACUCGGCCGCGGAGCUGGAGCGAGCACGGCAUGGUCCAGAGUUGAUCGAGGGAGACGCGAACUAUCUUCGUCUUGAUGUCGACGUCUCCGGGGUUGGAACUGCGGCGUGCGGGCCUGGGAUCAAGGAUGAGGACUUUGUUAAAUGUGAAGAGAUGGAGUUUGAGAUCUGCUUGGAACCGCUUUUCGAUGAGACUCUCGCUUGAACCAAUGCGGAAGCCAGGAGUGCAUGAUAGCUUCAGGGGUGAGCAUGACAAAUGCGAUGGCAAGUGCCGGGAGUCUCCGGUUUGUGCAAAAAGGGGAUGAGACCUGGUCUACGAAUAGUUGUCCACCGGUGCAUAUAUACGUUAAAGGGCUUCUUCGCUGCUAAAUUAGAG